AGCCGUCGGGGCAUGCACCAACUCUCUCUCUUGCCGUCUCUCUCUCUUUCUCUCUCGCUCUGUCCCUAGGAUAACAUUGGGGAGCCGAUAAGUAGACGCGGUUCUCUUUCUCUCCCUCCCUUUCUCUUCCUUUCGCUCUUUCUCUUGUAAGCUAUGGAUGCGUCAUGGACGGCUGUAGACGUAGAUGACGAAUAUGAGAAGCUUGUCAUCAGAAUGAACCCACCAAGGGUUACUGUUGAUAACAGUUCGUGUGAGAAUGCAACCUUGGUGAAGGUUGAGAGUGCCAAUAAGCAGGGGAGCCUGCUUGAAGUUGUGCAGAUUUUGACAGAUUUCAACCUCACAAUAAACAGAGCGUAUAUAUCCUCUGAUGGACAGUGGUUCAUGGAUGUGUUUCAUGUUACGGACCAGGAGGGCAACAAGAUCGUCGAUGACGGUGUCAUCAGCAGAAUUAAGCAGUAUUUAGGAACCUGGCCAUGUACGGUUCCAUGUUUGAGGAGGUCAGUUGGUGUACAGGCUGCUGCAAAACAUACAACCAUUGAACUAACUGGUCGGGAUCGGCCAGGCCUGCUCUCUGAGGUUUUUGCAGUCCUUUCAGAUCUGAAAUGCAAUGUAGUGGCCUCAGAAAUUUGGACUCAUAAUUCAAGAAUGGCUUCCCUAGUUUACAUAACUGAUGAAUCCACUGGGCUUCCAAUUGACGAUCCUGAUCGGCUUGUCAAAGUUAAGGAGAUGCUGAGAAAUGUGCUUAGGGGUGACCGAGACAAGCGUAGUGCCAAAACAGCGGUGUCAAUUGGUGUAGCUCAUACAGACAGGAGACUUCACCAAUUGAUGUACGCUGACCGUGACUAUGAGCACAACUACGUGAACACGAAGCAGGAAGAUGUGAAUGACAGGGGCCAGCCUCUUGUCACCGUUGAGAAUUUCUUGGACAGAGGAUACUCAGUUGUGAGCUUGCGGUGUAAGGAUCGGCCUAAGCUCCUGUUUGAUGCAGUUUGCACAUUGACUGACAUGCAGUAUGUUGUUUUCCAUGCAACUAUUAUGGCUGAGGGAUCAGAAGCAUUUCAGGAAUACUACAUUAGGCACAUGGAUGGUUGCACCGUUAGUUCGGAAGCAGAGCGGCAACGGCUUAUCCGGUGCUUAGAGGCGGCGAUCCGAAGACGAAGCUCCGAGGGCCUGAGACUUGAACUGUGUGGUGAAGAUAGAGUCGGACUUCUCUCAGAUGUAACGCGAAUUUUCAGGGAGAACGGACUCUCUGUUACUCGGGCAGAGGUCAGGACUCAAGGCUCACAAGCAGUUAAUGUGUUCUAUGUCAAAGAUGCUUCCGGGCACCCUGUCCAGAGCCAGACCAUUGAAGCAAUCCGCAAUCAAAUAGGAGAGAUCAUUCUGCAAGUUAAAGACAGCACUAACUCAAAAUCCCCACCACAGGAAAGUGCAAGAUUUUCCUUGGGCAGUCUCUUCAAGUCAAGAUCAGAAAGGUUUCUCUACAAUUUGGGCCUUAUAAAGUCUUAUUCUUGAAGCCUCUCUCUCUCUCUCGCACUCUCUUAGUGGCUUUAAAGAUGUUCCAUGAGUAGCAGUAGAAUCAAGCCCAUGUUGGCAUCAAUUUCAAAAGGCGUGGCCGUCCCUGUCCACAUGUAAUUGUAUAUAGGAAAAUUCAAUGCAUGCCAUCCAUGGAUUCCAACC